CAGUGAUUGUGAAGAUCUGCCCACGCAGUGCUGAAUACUCAGCAGUGGGAGGACGAUGAGAUCAGCUCUGUUCAUUGCCAGUAGGUCUAUCCUGCUGCUCUGCUGCAUGCAAGGGAUGAGAGCACUGCAGCAAGCCUUCCGGGUACAGCCUGACAAUGUCACCGUGGUAGAUGGAGGUGAAGCCAUUCUGCAAUGCGAGGUGGAGAGUCUCUCUGGGGCUGUCCAGUGGGUGAAGGAUGGCUUGUUACUUGGUCCUGAUCGCAGCAUGCCUGGGUUUCCACGCUACAGCAUGACGGGAGAAAGCAACAAAGGGGAAUUUCACCUAAAAAUCGAGCAUUCCAAGCUGGAGGACGAUGCUCCCUAUGAGUGCCAAGUGGGUCAGUCUGAGAGCAGCGCUGGCAUCAUCUCCCACACUGUGUGGAUUACAGUUCUGAUUCCACCUCGCAAGCCCACCAUUGUAGAGCACCCAGAAAAUGUUGAGGUAGUGUGGGUGGCUGGAAUUGAGUACACGCUCACGUGCCAGGUGACAGACACCAAGCCGGCUGCAGAACUCAAAUUCUGGAAGAGUGGCGUGGAACUAACUGGAGAAGAUUCGAGUAGUGUGGGUGGCUCAAAAGACAAACUGUCCAGCAUGGAGGCAGUCAUUAGGGUGACUCCUCAAAGUUCGGACAAUGGACGGCGCAUGGAAUGCUUGGCUUUUCACCCAGCUGUGUCUCAGCCGCUGAGGACCGGUUUCACCAUGAAGGUCUUAUUCCCACCUCAACCUCCAAGGAUUGAAGGAUAUGACAAACCAGAAGUGAAAGCCAAGGACACCCUGAAGCUGGAAUGUAAGUCUACAGGGGGAAAUCCACUUGCUACACUUCAGUGGUCAAAGAAUGAUGAAGUGCUGUCCACAAGUUGGGAAAUAGAUGCAGCUACAAACACAGCCCGCAGCCUCCUGACCAUGGAGGUCAAACCAGAAGACAACAUGGCCAAGCUGACGUGUGAGGCUGUCAAUGAAGUAACUCCCAUCCCUUUGCAGCACACCAUCCAGCUGCGAGUUGUCUUCCUGCCAUCAGAAGUCACAAUUCUAGGCUCCCCCAGAGGGGCGGAGAAUAAACAGAUCACUUUGUCCUGUUUCACGACUGCCAGCAACCCUCCUGUCCAGAUCCGAUGGUGGCUUGGGUUUCGAGAGCUCAAUACCACUGAGGUCACCAUUACAGAAGCUUCCAAUGGUGGGAUGGUGACCAUGUCAAAUGUGACUCACACUCUGUCACGGGAUGAAAGCCAACAGCAGCUGACGUGUGAGGCCUUUAAUGAGGCCAUUCGCUACACUAAGAGCCAUUCUGUGGAAGUCAGCGUGUAUUACCCACCUCAGAAAGUAUGGGUAGAAGGCCAUCCAGAAAACAUGCAGCUCCGUGCAGGAAAUCAGCUCAAAAUGACAUGCUUCGCCAGUGGGGGAAACCCAGUUGCUACCCUCACCUGGUACAAGGACAACAAAUCAGUGCGGGAUGCUCAGUCACCAGUGCAGUCUGGGAAGAUCGUUUCACGGGAUCUUAUCAUUAAACUGCAGCCCAAUGACAACCUGGCCACUUACAUGUGCAACGCAAGCAAUCAAGCCAAAGCUCCACCGCUGUCGGUCAGCACAAAGCUCCAUGUGCAAUUUCCUCCAAUCAGCAUGGAGAUCACAGCUGCUUCUAAACAAGUGAAGCGUGGACACUCCCUGACGUUAACCUGCACUGCUGGGAGCAGUAAUCCUAUUGCUAAUGUAUCGUGGACCAAAAAUGGUGAAAAGCUAAAACAAUUUGAUCUUGGAAAGAAGCGUGCUGAGUAUGGAGGUGAAUCCCAAAUGAGUCGAGUCUAUAUUAAGGCGGCGUCUUCGGAUAACGGGAAGCGAGUGUCAUGCCUGGCAUACAGCUAUGUCCUUGCAGAAGGAGUCAACACUUUCUACCGGCUCAAUGUGCUUUAUCCUCCUGAAUUUGCUGUUGAUCAGCCAAAACUUGUGCAAGCUGCGGAACACAGUGCUGCCCUUCUACCUCUAAAGGUGUCGGCCAAUCCUGUGGAGAUGAGCUGCAACUGGACUUUCCGCGGAGAGGACCUGGUUAGAGAAAAAACCUAUCGUCAUCAUGUGAAGGAUGGUGGCAUGUUGGAAAUCUGGAAUCUCACAAGAGCUGAUGCUGGGGAAUAUGGAAUACGUUGUGCUAAUGCUGAAGGGGAGAACAGCACCGUCGUUCAGCUGGAUGUGCAGUAUUCUCCAUCUAUUAAGAGCCUAGCUGACCCAACAGAAGUUGAUCUCGGGGGAUCGGUUGAGAUUUUAUGCACUGCUGAUGCAAACCCAGUUAUCGAAAACAUGUUCAGCUGGAGAUGGCUGGGUGAUGAAGAGAGAGAAAUAGAUGCCAGCAGGCAGUUGCAGGAAGGACCAACAGGAAAGCUGGCUUUCACCGAUGCUCAGAGAACUGAUGCAGGGCGAUAUGAGUGCCUAGUAAACAACGGUCUACCUCCGCCUGCCAAGGGAGAGGUCCGCCUUAUCGUUCGCUUUAAGCCAGAGCUUCAGAAAGGAGUUCAUUUGAGUAAAGUUGCAGCUUUUGGAGAUGGGACUGGGUUUGCUCAGCUGACCUGCAAAGCAGAAGGCAUCCCUAAUGUGGCAUUCAGUUGGGCCAAGAAUGGUGUCGGCCUUGACCUUAAUCAUCCUAGGUAUUCAGAGAAAACAGUGAAUGAGGGCAUCUUCCACACCAGCACCCUGACUAUUGUCAAUGUGAGUGCGGUCAAUGACUACGCCAUCUUCACCUGCACUGCCCGCAACCCACUUGGACUGGACGUCUUUGACAUUCAGCUUGUCAGCACCAGUCGACCCGAUCCACCUACUAACUUGAAAGUUGUUAGUAUUACGCACAAUUCUGUUACGUUGCAGUGGAGUGAAGGGUUCAAUGGGGGCCUCGAGCAGAAAUUUCGAGUUAGGUACCACUGGGAAGAAGCACAGAGUUUCAUGUACGUGGAUGUCUUUCCCCCUCAAGCAACCAUUUUUACCAUCACAGGCCUCAUGGCUGCAACUCCAUACAAUUUCUCUGUCAAUUCACUCAACGCUAUGGGAGAAAGCGAGUAUGCAGAUGGCAAUGCCAUACUGACUGUCACCACCAAAGGAAGUCCUCCCAUUAUCAUUCAAUUCCCAGAAGGCCCUCCGUUUCCAGAGCCCACUCCUGCAGAAACAUCUGGACUUCCCCUUUAUCUCAUAGUGGUGUUGGCUGUGGUUGGCGGUACCCUGCUUAUUCUGAACUCUGUGUUUGCUGGCUGUCUGGCCAAAAGAUGGAAAGGAAAGAACAAGGAGAAAGAUGGAGUAGAAGGCAAAAGUAAAGAAAAAGAAGGAAAAUAUAAUUACAUUCCGAACUGCAGAAAUUAUGAAGCUGCAUUAGUAGAAAAAAAGAAAAGCUUGACAUUCUUCAAGUUAAUGAAUUAUCAGCUGCUCUUUUGGUGUUGCAGAUUGAGUCUGACCGAACUUAAUCAGUAUGAAGAUGGGGAGCUCAUCAACAAGGCUGCCAAACAAACUUUACUCAUUGAUAGCGGCUCAGAUCUCAGCUCCAGCGUCUACGAGAGUGUUGGUGAGGACUCGGCCUCUGACUUUGGUCAAUAUUAUUACCAUUCGGUGAAGGACUAUCGCCCAUCCCUCUACACUCUUCCUGAGGAUUCAGAAGGACUCAGUGAUGGGAGAAGCAGCUAUGUCGGUGGAAGAUUCACACAACGGUGGAACAGUUAUGCCAACAGCCAUGAUUAUGAAGAAGUGAAAGAUUUCUCCUUGUAUGAGGAUGCUGGAAGAAUCUAUUCUCUACCUGCAUCUUCAGAUUAUUACCAGAGCAUGGUAAAGCAGAACGGUCAAGUGUCGCUUAUGCCAAAGGAUGACUAUAAAGCAGCUUAUCCGAGACGAGGAAAAGGACCAACAGGCUGGGAAGAAAGUGUCAGGACGUAUGAGAGCACAGCCUUCCACCUUCCCUCAACCAGAACUUAUGAUGUGCCUUUUGAGAUGAUGGGAGAGCUGGUAUGAUCUGAUCAGAUCUGAAGACAGAUUGGCACUAGGAGCACUCCGAUUAUCAAACAGAUUUUCAUGAAAAGCAACAAGUCAGGAAUACAGUUUACAUGUUUCUUUUAAAUUUGAACAGAGAUGUUAUGCAUUUUUCCAUUAAUGUUUAAAGAUAGUGACUAUGAGAAGUGCAUUGAGGGAGUGAUUCAUAUAAUUUGCAGAUGCCUUGUAGAAGUCAUUAGACAAAACUCUGUUGAUUCAUUAAUGACAUACAGGAUUUUUAUGGCUGUCAGUAGGGACAAACCACCAAUCCAGCACAUAUGGUAUAUUUCUGACAUCUGUUCUCAACUGGUAUGAAAUUUCAGAGGCAUGUAGAUGAAUUCAUUUUGGAGUCAACAUUUGUAAAAUAAAAGCUUUUUAAAUUUUGUGAUUGUUAACUAUUUACCAAUAGAAUGCAGUUUUACACCUACAGAAACAUCUUUUUAAGUUGUG